UGUUCGAAAAGUACAACCAGUUCAUCCGCCCCGUCGAGAACGUCUCCGACCCGGUGGUCGUGCAGUUCGAGGUGUCCAUGUCUCAACUGGUCAAAGUGGACGAACUGAACCAAAUCAUGAAGACCAAUCUUUGGCUGAGACACAUCUGGAAUGACUACAAACUAAGAUGGGAUCCAAAAAGCUUUGGUGGAGUAGAGUUCAUUAGAGUGCCAUCCAGCAAAAUAUGGAAACCAGACAUUGUGUUGUACAACAAUGCAGUUGGAGACUUUCAGGUGGAUGAGAAAACCAAGGCCUUGCUCCGUUACAACGGGGACGUCACCUGGAUCCCUCCGGCUAUUUUCAAGAGCUCCUGCAAAAUAGACGUCACGUACUUCCCAUUUGACUACCAGAAUUGCACCAUGAAGUUCGGCUCGUGGACCUACGACAAGGCCAAGAUCGACUUGGUGCUGAUCGGCUCCACCAUUAACCUCAAAGACUUCUGGGAAAGCGGUGAGUGGACCAUCAUCGACGCCCCGGGCUACAAACACGACAUCAAGUACAACUGCUGUGAGGAGAUCUACCCGGACAUCACCUACUCGCUGUACAUCCGUCGACUGCCCCUCUUCUACACCGUCAACAUGAUCAUCCCCUGCCUGCUCAUCUCCUUCCUCACCGUCCUGGUCUUCUACCUGCCCUCCGACUGCGGGGAGAAGAUCACGCUGUGCAUAUCCGUCCUGCUCUCCUUGACCGUGUUCCUGCUCGUCAUCACCGAGAUCAUCCCGUCCACCUCGCUGGUGAUCCCCUUGAUCGGCGAGUACCUCCUCUUCACCAUGAUCUUCGUCACCCUCUCUAUCGUCAUCACCGUCUUCGUGCUGAACGUCCACUACCGCACCCCAAAGACCCACACUAUGCCCGGCUGGGUGCGCAGGGUGUUUCUCGGCAUGCUGCCCAGGGUCAUGUUCAUGACCCGGCCGGAGAGAGAGCCCGAGAACGAGGUGGUGGUCAGUUCUGCUCCUCCGCUGCCGCCCAGACUGUGUGCGGUGCGCUCGUGCUCCGCUCUGCGACUGCAUCCGCAGCAUCCGCAGCAGCAGCAGCAGCAGCAGCAGCAGCAGCAGCAGCGUAAGCCCCGGUCGAAGGCCACCAGCGUGUUGUCCAGCCUGGCCCGCAGCCAGCCGCUCUUCAUUAACACAGAGCUCUCCAGAGUCAACAGCUUGACCAGAGAGCCAGCCAAGGCCCCGCGCUACGAGGGAAAAUGCUGGCACCAAAGGGGCUCCAACCUCCCUGCGGACUGCAGGGGAGGAAGCGGAGGGCUGGGCAGUCUCGGGGCCCUCAGUGGAGGUAGCGCUGCCGGGAUGGGCCUGAGUAGUCCCUGCUCCAGUUCGAGCUCAGUGGAAGGAGGCCUGGUGUUCUUGUCCCCGAUGUCCCCGGAGGUGAGGGAGGCCAUCGAGAGUGUUCAGUAUAUAGCGGAGAAUAUGAGGCUUCAGAAUGAAGCCCAGGAGGUUCAAGAUGACUGGAAGUAUGUCGCCAUGGUGAUUGACAGGAUCUUCCUGUGGGUUUUUGUUCUGGUCUGCAUCCUGGGAACAGCUGGACUUUUCCUGGAGCCGCUGCUACUUGGAGACGACAUUUGACCGAGACAGAGUUGAGACUUUUGGUCUGAAAAAUAUCAUAACAUUUCAAAUGCCUUUAUUUGAGUAUUCAGACUGAGGAAACAAUGGCAAACACUGUGAUAUAGUAAUUUCUUACCCCAAACAAUGUAUCACCAGUAUAAAGCAUAUAAUGUAUUCAUUGCUCAAUAACAGAAUGCCCAUAAAUAACUGUGUUCAAUUGCUGAAACAAUUAUUCAAUUGCAUCUGCCGCUUUUUAACAUGAAUAUGAUUUUACAGACUUUAAAGAUGUAGGCAUAUAAACACAGUCGACUACCUACCAUCUGAGAUACAAGGUCUUGUUAACCAUAAUCAAGGGUGACAUCUUGUGGAUGUUAUCUGACAUUGCCCUUUCUAAAAGGCUGCAUAUGCAAAGUUUCCUGCUGGCUUAAUGAAUGCUGCAUUCAUCUAUGUAUAUAUAGUACAUAACUCCUUGGCUAAAAGAACUUACCAAAUAUUUUACUCAAACUAUGGUGGUAAGAUUAAAUAAUAAUUUGAAUAAACAAAAAAGAUUCUAAACA